UCUGGGGUUCGUUAAGACGGUAUUGAUACGGCUGUAUUGUUGCUAAUUGCAGGGCAGAAUCGAUUUUCUCGGAAGUCCUACAGAGGUGCGCGCGUGUAUGGUAUAGUUUAAUUAACCGCGGAAUCGUCUGUUUUGAUGAACCACUUAGGGAAUGUGUGCUGCGUCUGAGAAAACAACAUCGCAACGCCUCUCCCCGAUGAAUAAUUCAGUGUUGUGAUUAAAGCUUCGUCCAGCUCGCUGACCAAUUCACGAAUUUGCACAAUCGAUCUACUACUCGCCCCUUAUCACCCACACUCGCACACGCUGCGCCUGUUCAGCAAUCGAUAGGGAGUGUCGAGUCCUCGUUGCGGCUCAUUAAUUAUUAAUUCAAAUACUCAUGAAUAUAUACCUCGUGCACACACUAUGCGCCAAACGCGCAGUGCUUACUUUGUGGAAAAAGAAAAACAGUAAACAGCCUGGCACUGCGGAGUUAUUGGAAAACUGCUUGACUGGAAAAGAGCGAGAGAGAGAGAGAGAGCUUGCGCGGAUGGCGUAUAAGUGUGCGCGCGCGUGUGUGAGUGUGACUACGUCAACGCGGACGUCCAUUCAUUUCCAUCCAGAUGUUAGCGCGAGAGGCUGAUGUUAUACACAAAGUCUUUUGGAUUCGAGUAACUUUGAAGUUAGGAACGACGACGUUCCUCCGCUGUAUCAAUAGCGUGGGAUGAAUGAAGCGGAGACCGUCGUCGGGAAAGUUCGAUAUGGAAGCGAAAGCUCGAAAAGGAUAAAAGGCUUAUCAACGCAGGACUACCGACGUCACCGGUACACCCGCCCACUUCGUCCUGCCUAGGACAGGACUUUACGUUCGCAACAUAAUUUCAAUUAUCCAGAAACUCACCUGCGCUUAAAUCCUCAUCUACGACGGGGACGACGUUCCGGCCUCUGUUCUAUUCAAAGGAAGAGCUCUCGAGGGCUUCUGGCCUCGCGGCACGCAGACUCCUCGGCUUUAUAGAGCCGUCAGCGAGGGAGGACCUGCCGAUCGAUAGAGCCGCGCAUGUCUCUGCCUCGGCCACAGCAACAAGUUACGAGAGGACUUCCAGAGGCGGGGUUCUGACCCUUCGUAAACGUCCAUCUCUCAGCUCGUCCUCAGCUUCUGCUGCAUCGGAUGCAUAUUUAUGCGUCGUACUGAUGGCCAUGAUGCUGCUGCUGUUGGUCAUCGUACGAGGAGAUUCGGGGGAUAAUUGGGUGGAUUUCGUGGGAAUCGACAGCGGAAACCACCAUUUGCAGCGACCCUUCGAGGGUGGCUGCGUUAAGAAAUUAAAAGAUUGCGUAUCGAUUACAAGAGCCUGUACCGACGGUAAUCCAUUAUGGAGCGCAGAUAGUGCUUAUCACACGACACACGGCGCCGAUAAGCGUCGACAAAACGUCCGAGAUCACCGCGGAUGAUUAUUACUCGCAAUGUACUGACGGCGAUGCUGCCAAAAUGUCGCGGACAGACAACCUCUCCAACCUACAGCAGUUCCCGCCUCUGACAGCAGAACCACCAGAGACGUCAAUAAACGCACCGGACGAUGGCCUGUUCUUGCCGCCCAUAUAUACCAGCCCCUCGAUUAUCACGAUCCAGCCGUCGAGUCUGCGAGAGGAGAAUCGAUCGCCGCGGAGGCCAGUGCCAAUCAACACCUUGGACUGGGUGUCGACGCCCCGAUCGCAGCUCGGCGUCUUCUCCGGGACCUACUUCCUAUCGAGCGUCGAGCAGCUCGAGAUUCAACAAGUUGUGGACCUCAGCUCACUUCUAGGAAAGUCGAAAAAUGGGGCACAGUACCGGGUACGAGUUCCCCGCGCGGAGACGAUAUUCCUGGCGAUCGAGGACUCGAAAGAGUGUCAGCGCACGUUCCUGCGCUCGUCCCGCGAGCUCACCCUCAACAUCAUGGAUCCCUCCGGCGAGACAUCUUUCGUUAUUAGGAAAAGCCUCAGCUGGGGCUGUAUGCCUGGAUUCCUUCACAGGGUGAGCGUCGAGUCGACGAAUUACAUAGGCAGCGUCGAGCAGAAUUUCACCGUUCUGGGGAUCAGUUUUACCGUGUACGAUCAUAACAGGACGCCGCUGUGUUUUAUCGACGGACCCAAUGUUUACUCUUGCUGUAUGUCCACGGAGACGCAAUUUCAGAUUGUUUCCGUGGAUAAAAGCCGGCAGAUAGCUUCGCUUAUACGUCACUGGGACCAUGCCUUAGUGGAUUAUUCCGUGCUGCUCACUUUCACGCCAGACACCGACGUAAAGCUGAAAGGAUUGCUUCUCGGAGCCGCGUUUCUUCUGGAAUUCCUCUUCUUCGAACAUCGGGGCCGAAGAUGAAUUUUACUUCUCAUUAUUCUUCUUCCUCUUCUAUUUGUAUAUUUAUAUAUAUGCCCGUCUUACGUAUACUGUAUAUUAAGUAAAAGUUGUUAUACGUAUUGACCCACACUGAAAUGGGAUCAUUUCCUGAUCGAGACUCGGCUUUUGAUUACAUAUCUCUGCGAACAUCCUACUUCGAAAAUUGUUCAGAUACGAGAAAUAGUUAUAUUUUUGCAAUUGUUAAAGAUUCACUAGUUAAUAAGCAUCUAGUGCAAUACUAGGGCGAUGUAGAUUGAGACGCCCGUCACAAUUGUGACCACAGAGAUUAAAGAAUAAAUCUUGUAAAUGUUAAGAUACUAAAA